UUUGGACGAAGAUGAUCUCCUCUUGGAGCAAUUAUAGCGUCGGCGACCGCGGAAUUAAUUAUAGCAACCUAAUCAAUAAUGAACGCACUAGGCAGAACAUUUUAUCGAAUUUUGCGAGUUUCAAAGCAGACGGAGAAUACGGAUGGUUUUACAAGCUCAAUACGCUGAUCAAGAGACUGUAUAGUGCUGCAUUUCUGGACUCUGGAGCAUUCAGUAUAACUUCAAUCGAAUUUGCUCAACAUUAUAGCUAUUUUGCAGAGUCUACACAGGAUUUUCUCUUAGCUUCAAACAUAGAAAACACCCAUAGAGUGGAAUUCUUCGAAAAUCCCAAUUUAUCUUAAUGGAAGGGAAAAUCCGUAAUUUAAACCAAAGAAAUUUUAAAGACUUUCGAAAUGAAGCUGUCCAAUUCGUUGACAAUAGCUGAGGAAUGUUUCAUUAACACGGGAACUGCCGACGGACAUCUGUUCCGACAUGAAAGCGCAGUUGAUUGUAAUGAACAUC